AGCAGGAGGUGUUUUAAUUCAACAUAAUAAAGAACAUAUUUUACAUGCAAAUAUAUCAUCAAAUGAUGUAUUUUUUUAUUAUACAACUACUGGCUGGAUGAUGUGGAAUUGGUUGGUUUCGGGUUUGAAAACUGGUUGUGCUAUUGUUUUAUAUGAUGGUUCGCCUUUCAAACCAAGUCCAUCUAUUCUUUGGGAGUUAUGUGAUCAAUUAGGGAUUACAGUAUUCGGUAUUUCUGCAAAGUAUAUUCAAAGUCUUCAAGAUUUAAAUUAUAAACCUAUUGAACAUCAUAGUCUACAAUCAAUAAGAAUAAUUUUAUCAACAGGUUCACCUUUAAAACCUGAAAGUUUUAAUUUUGUUUAUGAUUCAAUUAAAAAAGAUGCUUUAUUGGGUUCGAUCACUGGUGGAACAGACCUUUGUUCGUUGUUUUGUGGCCUUAAUGUUACACUUCCGGUAUAUUGUGGUGAAAUCCAAUGCAUUUGUUUGGGCAUGAAGAUUGAAGCUUGGCAUGGUGAAG